UUAUCCAAAAACCCUGUGACCAUGACAUGUGAGGCGACGCAGCAGGCCGGGCACAUCACCCCAAUGUCUCCUCCUGCUGUGAUGAAUCAUGUGAUGCACGCCAGCUAUGGCGAGAAUCCAGAGAGCUUUGUGGUUUGGGUUCAUUUCAAGGCUCCUUCAAAGUACACAUCCUCAACUGAGGAACUUGGAGCCCCUGAUGAGUUUGUGGCUCGCGUUGACAUUGAAGUGGAUUCGCCAGGCACCACAUAUGUGAUCCAAAGUAUCCCUUUAAGGGCCAGAUCUGGAACAGCACGAGUCCAUGCACCGAAAGACCUACAGACUGUCAGCCUCACUGCUCCGGUGGGUAAAUCCAGCCAACAAAUGCUGCCAUUAAAGAAUGCAGGAAACAUUGACGUGCAGCUGAAACUCAAGUGCAGUGAAUCUGAUGGUUGCUUUUCUGUCACACCAAAUGAGCUGUCCCUAAAAGUGGGAGAAGAGCGGAGUAUUGUCAUCUCCUUCAAAGCCCAAGAAAACAGGAACGCCAAAGAAAGCCUCCUUACCAUUCUGGUGCUGCCGUCUGGCCCCCAGUAUGAGGUGACCCUUAAAGGAGAAUUCGCCUCAGACAUCUCUGGGAAACAAGCCAUCUCUUCCUCUUCUGUCCUAGCUCCCGGUUUGGUCAAUGACGUCCCACCAAUCCUAUCCAAUAAACAGUUUGUUGCCUGGGGUGGGGUCACCUUAGGCCGUGCCAUACAACAGAAGCUGGUCUUAAGAAACAAUUCGAAAACCGAGACACAACACCUACGGUUGUUGAUACGGGGUCAAGACCAAGACUGUUUUCAGCUCCAGAGCAUGUUCAGUCCUGAGGAGCGUCUGACCCGACAUGGAGAGCUGUCCAUCCGCCCCAGAGAAGACGUGACUGUGCACCUGCUCUUCGCUCCCACCCGCGUUGCCUGCAUGAUGGCCAAACUGGAGAUCAAGCAGUCCAGAGUACGACCCUCACAGCCAGGCAUCAAGUUCACUAUCCCCCUCUCGGGCUAUGGUGGCACCAGUAACAUACUGGAAGACCAAAGGAAGCAGGCAGACGGUUAUGUGGCCACACUCACAGAUGUAGCAGUGGGCCGAGUCAGUAAAGUGUGUCUGUGUGUGAGGAACACUGGCUCCAGAGCUGCUUUCAUCAAAGCUGUGGUCUUCUCCGACAUCGUCAAACGAGCCACUAUGGAGGGGUCCAUCAUCAGCAUUGCUCCUUCUCAGUUUGUACUCAAAGAAAGGACACAAGAGGUAAUUACGAUCCUUAUGAAGUCCACCCAGAGAGAGCUGAGCCUGUGCCAGUUGACUGUUGCACAACUUGCCACUCUAUGCUUGUUCUGUGGGGAUGAGGUCUCCAGGCAACAGUACAGGAAAUUACUUCAAAGCAAACCAGAGGCUGCACGAAAGGCGCUGUCGGAGAACAGUCUUUUGAAAAACAUAGAAUUCAAUGAGAAGUUUCUUGGAGAGGAAAUUGUUACUGAAACGUAUGAUUUGCCGCUGCGGCCGAAUGAAGCACACCUGUUUUAUGGGAACAUGAGUAAAGUGGUGGUGUGUUUAAUGGGCAGCACCAAAGGCCUGGAGUCUGCAGAGAACAGCAACAGUGAUGAAUCUGUGCCAUCCUCCCGGCGCAGCUCGGCCAGUGACGGCGGUUUGACAAAUGGCAACGUGUCUCUAGAUGUGCUGCCAGUGAAGGGUCCUCAGGGCACAAGCCUCAAAGUACCAGAGCCCUCCUUGAAGGGCUCCGAACCGUUACACAAGCCGUCUGAAUCAUGGACCAUUCAUCCAGAGCAGCUUCUCCUACCUGCUCCCACCAUCAAUGGACCGUCUGCCACGAGUACAGUGCUGAUCCGGAAUAACUCCUCCAGAGAGCUGAGCUUUGACCUGUCCUGGCCCGCUCACUGCCUCACCAUCACCCCUCAACAUGGAGUCAUUGAACCCCAAUGCCACUUGCAAAUACUGAUCAGCCCCAACCCCUCUCUUGCAAACAAAUCUUCUUUGCUGCCUUGGAGUGGAAAGUUCUACAUUCAGUGUGAUAAUCAGCAGAAGUUCAUUAAGGUUCAGAUUCGGCAGGACUUGGUUUUGGAUGUUUCCACGGCAACGGGAGACUCUACACUCUCAGCUCUUCCUCCUCAGGCUGCCACUCCAGUGGUACAUCUCCCGCGAGGUCCCACAAAACCACUGAUGUCCGCACAGCCUUCUCCAGACCAGGUUAAUAUCAGGAGUAAGACCAUAGUGUUCCCCAUCACUGCAUCAGGAGAGACAUCAGAGGCCCAGCUGGAGGUGGAAAACGGGGAUGCGGAUUUGAGGUGGUACCUGUCUUCCUUUGCUCCUCCAUACGUCAAGGGGGUUGACACGUCAGGAGAUGUUUAUCGAGCCACCUACACAGCUUUCAGAUGCUCCAAAGUCUCAGGGACACUGGGAGCCCAUGAGAAGAUGCAGGUGCCAAUCACUUUUCUUCCGAGGGAUCGAGGGGAAUAUGCCCAGUUUUGGGAUCUGGAAUGCCACCCGCUGUCUGAGCCACAACAAAAAACUAGGCUUCGCUUUCAACUUUGUGGCACUGGUACAAAGUCUGGCCCGGUUCAGGGUCCACAAGAAGGAGACUGUUCUUUAGUGAAGACAGAACCCAUGAUCAAGACCAAGAAAACCAAGGUUGAACCAAUUCUGACUAAGCCCAGUGCGGAGGAGGCUGUGCGAAGGGGUGUGUACUCUCCCCAGGAUCUGUACACGUUCCCAGCCACACGGGUCGGUGAGUCCAGCUCUCUGAAGGUCAACAUCCGAAACAACUCUGCCGACACGCACGAGCUGAAAUUUGUAAGCCCUAGGGAGCCCUUCCACAUCAAGCAUUCCAAAUACUCCCUGAGAUCUCAGCAUUAUUUGAAACUCCCCGUUCAGUUCAAGCCCAGUACCCUGGGCAGCCACAGCGCCGUGCUGCUCGUCCAGUCCGACAGCAGUGGAAGCCUUGUUAUUCAGCUGAGCGCUGAGGCUGUGCCUUGAACGCUCCAGCCCACUCCUCCUCUUCCUCCUCCUCUUCCUCCUCCUUGCGUGGGGCCACCGUGGGUGAACGCUCCCCUGCAUCGGUCAUCAUGAGACUCACAAAUGCAGAAAUAUUUGGCCAAAUGUGGGUCAGAUAAAGAAGCUGCUGGACUUGGGGUUAUUGUGAGAAGAAAUACAGAUUUUUACACACAAUGACAUCCUUCAUUGAGUUUAGUUAAAUCAUCUUUACCAUUGCUUCAUGUGAUUUGUUUAAGAAAAACACUUUUCUUCAGCCUAAUGUAAAUGGUGUAUAUGCCAUAUUCAGUCAAAUUUGGUAUUUAUUUCUUUACAAUAUCACAAUCAUCCUUAAGUUCUUUAUACUAACUGUGUGAGUCAAACCAUGCAGUGCCUCGUUGUUAUGCUUGGAGAAGGUGUAGUGUUUUUGUUUUCCAAUUCAACUGGAGUGACUGACAGACUGCUAACCAGCUUCAAUCUGCAUCUGGAGAGACGCAGGUGUCCUCAGUCGGCCGGCACCGAACCAUGUUGGUUUUCAAUUAGUGUGCACUGUUCUGCCCAUUCAGGGCUAAUGCUUCUGGUCGUCCAGCUCUGGAUGUGGGUUUGCCUUAUGCCACAGUAAAAUCACACACCAACAACAGUGUUGCCUUUUUCAGAUAAAGAACCCUUACCAAAAUGCCCAGUAGUGUUUUUGCAAAAGGAAACGCAUUAACUGAAUGUAUUUUUCUACCUUUUGCUCAAGUUCCUACAUGUCUCUUUUGUACAUUUCAUAAGGCGCUCCUAAUUGCCCUCGCUGCUGUGUGAACACCUGCUUGGUGGCCUUUGGCAGUGCACUGUGUUAACUUCCCAGCAGCCACCACUCCGCUCCAAUCCGUCCAGAUGUACCUAAUUUAGCCAUGAUCAGGGAGGCUGGGAGCAGCAUUAGGAUGGUUAAUGAUUGUUAUUACAUGCUAAAAGAGUUUCCUCUGUUGGGGCUUUUGUUCGGCAGUGUGCCAGGCUUUAGUAUGGUUACCAUGGCAAACGUGUUAAUCGCUGUUCCAGUCACAGAAAAUUACCUUCCCACUCCUCUUUGAAUCGAGGGCAAGUGCCCAAAAUUGCUUUGAGCUUUGGAUUCACUUCCCGAAUCUCCAUUUUAACUUUGAGUGGAAGUAAACAUAUGUAAACUUAAAAAGGCUUAAUUAUUUAUGAACUAAAUGCCCCAGACUCAGGCAGUUGUUACCACUAGUAUUUUCUAUUAACACUAUUUUAGAUGAAGGCGGUAUAUUGGCAGUCAAAGGCUGCACAGAACACAUCCAUGAAAUAUCAAGACUGUUUUACUUUUUGCACAUACUUAAUAGUAUAUUAUGUAAUAUAUUGUGUUUACAUGUUUUAAAUAAAGGUUUGUCAUAUAUUG